GGUUUGUUUGGAUCUGUCUGCCCGCUUUCCAAAACGAAACUUGACCUCCGUGACUACAUAUCUACAAUAAGAAUGGACACGGGCACAGGAAGUGGACUCUCGGCUUCUGCGCAGGGCGCGUUGCAGUUUGCGGGCGAGAAGACGUAUUUCGAAAAGCAGCGCGAUGCUUUGGUUGCUGAGAUCUCGAUAAGCCUUGAGCACGUUCUUACCAAUAUCAACACGCUUAAUCGGGCGUUGGAGGGUGUCAUAGUCGUUGGAAAGGAGUUUGAGAGUGUAUCGACACUAUGGAGUUCUUUCUACGAUGGUAUGACUCACGAGGCUCAGGGAGAGAACGAGGAGGAUGAGGAGAUGGAGGAGGAUGAGGAGGGUGAUGGUCAGGAAGAGGACGUCGAGGAAGAUGAUCGCUAAGUCGGAGCCGUGUUAUCUGGCUGUCGGUUUCGUUUUCAACUAUUGUUUUGUGUACUAUUGGCGUUAAAUAUGACUUGGUGAUGUUUAUUGGUUCAUGAAUUCAACUACAGGUGAUGUAGCCUUUUUUUUAAUAGCUUGACUGUAUUGUAUUUCGAUUAAAUAAUAAC